AUGGCUACUUUGGAAUCUGCAAUUACUGGUGCCAUUGCCUCUGCUUUAGCGAAUACUGUUGUAUACCCAUUAGAUCUCUCCAAGACAUUAAUCCAAACCCAGCAUCAUCAUAAAGAGUUAUAUAAGGAAGACAAAGAAAAAGAUGAAGAAUUUAAGACAGAUCAUAAACAAUACAAAAAUAUUAUUGACUGUAUGAAACACAUUAUUCAAACAAAAGGUUUGAAAGGGCUUUACCAAGGGUGCGCUACUUCUAUCUUUGGUACUUUUAUUAUGAAUUUUUGUUAUUUCUUUUGGUAUACUCUAAUAAGGAGAAAGUAUAUUAACUUUAAAUUACAAAGUAUUUCAAAACCUUUGAAGAUUUCUACUUUGGAAGAAUUAACAAUCGGUGUGUUUGCUGCCACAAUGUCACAAAUAUUCACUACUCCAAUUGCUGUCAUUACUACAAGACAACAGACCACUAAAAAUUCACAAGAUUCAAGAAUAACUAAUGUAGUUCAAGAUUUAUAUAAAGAAAGCAACGGUGACAUUAAAGUAUUUUGGAAGGGUUUAAAAGUUGGGCUUAUGCUAACUCUAAAUCCCUCCAUAACAUACACAGCAUAUCAAAGAUUAAAAAAAAUCAUAUUUGGAUCUAGCGAGCAAUUGGGCACCGAUUCAAUGUCUCCAUUACAAAAUUUUAUCUUAGGUGUCAUAUCCAAAUGUAUUUCUACUAUCAUUACUCAACCUUUAAUUGUUGCAAAAGCUUCUUUACAAAGUGUUGGUUCACAAUAUCAAAAUUUCCAACAAGUUUUAUUAUAUCUUUUGAAAAAUGAAGGUUUAAAGGGACUUUGGAGAGGACUUUUACCUCAGUUAACUAAGGGUGUUCUUGUACAAGGUCUUUUAUUUUCCUUUAAAGGUGAAUUAAGUAAAAAAUUGAAUCGUAUAAUAUUAAUUAUUUCUCUAAUAAUGAGACGUAGACUUAAAAAACCCAGUACAAAAUAUUAA